AUCCUUCGAAAAUUUCAGUCUCAAUCUCAUCCUUUCAAUGGCGUCUCUUCUCUCACUCAACUCACUAACUCUUAACGCCUCUUCUCCUUUCAAAGGCAACAUCUGUAACUUAAGACCAAACCCAUCUCACUUCUUUGAUUUCUCGCUCAAAGUCCAGCGCCAGCAAAACAGAACUUCACUCACUAUCCUCAACCAAGCUGCUGCAACACCAGCACCUCCUGCUUCGGUUUCAGGUCCGGUUACGAACAUCCGGUUCCGCCUUGACAACCUUGGCCCGCAACCGGGUUCGAGAAAGAAAGGGAAGAGAAAGGGAAGAGGGAUAUCAGCUGGGCAAGGGGGCAGUUGUGGGUUUGGAAUGAGAGGUCAAAAGUCAAGGUCUGGUCCCGGUGUUAGAAAAGGCUUUGAAGGUGGUCAAAUGCCGCUUUAUCGUCGAAUUCCCAAGCUUCGGGGGAUUGCUGGAGGUAUGCAUGCGGGGUUACCUAAAUAUGUCCCAGUUAACUUGAAAGACAUAGAAGCUGCAGGAUUUCAGGAAGGUGAUGAGGUUUCACUGGAGAGUUUGAAGAAGAAGGGUUUGAUCAAUCCCUCUGGAAGAGAAAGGAGACUCCCUUUAAAGAUUCUCGGUGAUGGGGAACUAAGCGUGAAGUUGAACUUUAAGGCUCGCGCCUUCUCAACAGCAGCAAAGGAGAAGCUUGAAGCUGCUGGUUGUUCCCUCACCGUGUUACCUGGUCGAAAGAAGUGGGUAAAACCAUCAGUUGCCAAGAACCUCGCGCGUGCUGAAGAAUACUUUGCCAAGAAGAAAGCUGCUGCAGCUGCUUCUGAACCAGCUUCUGCUUAAACUUUAACUUUAAAUGUCAAAAUAGAGUUAUUGUAGGGUGUUCAAUUCUUUUCCUUGUGUUUUGCAGGUUUUUUCGGUAGAGAAUUAAGGAUGAAGAGGGUUAUCCAUCCCUAAAAAUGUACUUUCUUGUAACUGUUUCUUCUACAUAUUCAAUCCCAUUGAAAAUUCUGUU